AUGGCGGAUUCCUAUACCUGUAAAGGUGGAAGGAAAACUGCAGGCUCUAACAAACCCGCUGCCAGCAAAGAAAGCAGGACAGAGACGAGGAUAAACCCACCGGCAGAGCUGCCCAAGCUCGGAAAUGCAACCAGUGACAAAACCGAAGGCAGGAAGAAAGGACGACCCAAGGCCGAGAACCAGGCGCUGAAAGACAUCCCUUUACCCCUGAUGAACCAGUGGAAGGACGAAUUCAAAGCCCACUCCAGGGUGAAAUGUCCCAAUUCAGGCUGCUGGCUGGAGUUCCCCAGCAUUUAUGGCUUGAAGUACCACUAUCAGCGCUGCCAAGGGGGUGCGAUCUCGGAGAAGCUGACCUACUCGUGCUCGUACUGCGAAGCUGCUUUCACCUCCAAAACCCAGCUAGAGAAGCAUCGGCUCUGGAAUCACUUGGACCGGCCAGUGCCAACCAGCAAAGCAGAAAACAAAGUGCCGAAGGCCAUUGGGAAGAGCAGUGGCAAGAAAAGAGCUGCUGAGAGUUCAGCUUGCCCCACCAUCCAUCCCAAACAGGCAAAGACGGAAAAAGCCGUGGCCCAGGACCACGCCGAGAAUGGCGAGUGCCUGGCGGAGAGCCGGGAGAGCAAGGAGUUUCAGAUCGCAGCGGCCGAGGCGAUGGCAGCCGCCACCCCCACGGCGAAGUCCUCGAGCGGCAAGGAUGCCGUGCAGCAGGGGGGCAGCCAGGCCUCGCUGCAGGAGGAAGACCCCGAGAGGAUGAAGCACAGAAGGAAACAGAAAACUCCUAAGAAAUUUACGGGGGAGCAGCCAUCCAUCUCUGGGACGUUUGGACUGAAAGGUCUCGUCAAAGCAGAGGACAAGGCAAAAGCCCAUCGAGCUAAGAAGCUGGAGGGAAAUGCCAACACGGAGGAGCUGAAAAAGAAACCCCUGGGAGCUGGUGUGAAGAAGGAAAUGGCUGUGCACCUGCCGGCAGCAAACCCUGAGGACCAGUGGCAGCGGGACAUCAGUGAGAAGGGAGAAGUCUCCUGUCCAACCUGCAGCGUUAUAACCAGGAAAACUAUUGUGGGACUCAAAAAGCACAUGGAUGUCUGCCAGAAGCUGCAGGAUGCCUUGAAGUGUCAGCACUGCAAAAAGCAGUUCAAGUCCAAAGCUGGGCUGAAUUAUCACACCAUGGCCGAACACGUCAGCAAGCCUGUUCCUGUGGAAACCGCUGGACUUGGUGAACAGGAAGAACGGGAAAGGCUGAGGAAAGUGCUAAAGCAGAUGGGAAAACUGAAAUGCCCCAAUGAGAAAUCCAAGGCCGGCCAUGACUCCCAUGUGCGGUCAGAACACGCGGCCUCGGUGAGCCCCCCGGAUGCCUCCACAGCCCGAGGAGCGGGGCCGUCCCCCCCCGGGGGUGACUGCAGAGCUGCAGAGCCUGUGGGCCGGACAGAGCCGGGCAGGGCCGGGCCGGGCAAGCCUCCGGAGGAGCCAGAGGUGAAGCCGGAGCCCAACCCUGUAGAAGAUUUCGAAAGGACCCCAAGUGGCCGCAUCCGUCGGACGUCGGCCCAAGUAGCCGUCUUCCACCUUCAGGAGAUAGCGGAGGACGAGCUCGCCAAGGAUUGGACCAAGCGGAGGAUGAAGGAUGACCUGGUGCCUGAAACGAAGCGGCUCAAUUACACCCGACCGGGGCUUCCAAAGCUCAAUCCGAGGCUGCUGGAAAACUGGAAGAACGAAGUGAAGGAGAAGGGCCACAUCAACUGUCCCAACAACUGCUGUGAAGCCAUUUACUCCAGCGUCUCGGGGCUGAAAGCUCACCUGGCCAACUGCAACAAGGGGGACCACUCGGUGGGCAAGUACCGCUGCCUCCUGUGCCAGAAGGAGUUCAGCUCCGAGAGCGGGGUCAAGUACCACAUCAUCAAGGCUCACUCGGAGAACUGGUUCCGAACCUCUGCAGAGGCCAGCCGGAAAAAGAAAAGCAAGGAACAGCUUUCUUCCAGCAAAGAGGAGAAAAAGAAAAGCACAAAUGGGAAGAAAAGAGGAAGGAAACCCAAGGAGAGGCCUCCGGAAAUGUCCUCGAAGGGCAGAGAAAGCGUGGCAGCAAAGACUAAUCACAAGAAAACCCUCGAGCAC